UCACACAGCGCUCUGGACAUUUGGUCGCCUUUAGACCUGCAUGGAAAACUGCAGUUGGUGCAGCAUCUUCAGCUUUGACCAAAUGGAGACGUAACUUCAAGUGGACUUUUUGUGGAGUUUACAUUACCAAAUAAACUAGAAACCCGGCCUGGCUUGAUUGGAACACACAAAACAGAGGCGCUCAGAUUUUCCUCUCAUACUGAAUCAGUGCUGUCCAUAGUCAGAGUAACUCGCAACCAGGGCGGGUCUUUCCACGUGUGUGUGUGGUUUUGUGUGUGAGUCAGUUUGUCUCGUCUGAGUAGAAGUCUUUCUUUGGGCGCUGACACUGAGGUUGAGAUCAGAGAGACUGGAUCUUUCUUGCUUGCUUUUCAAAGCAAAAUAGAUUAAAGCUUUUCCACAAAGAUGACCAUAACAUAGUUGAGGCAUCAAGUAAAAAAAGAGAUGGUGAACAAACAGACAGCAGGGCCAUAAGAGGCCAUAUACCAUCCAUGAUCUGGGAUGGGAAACUCUGAGAGCCAGUACAGUAUCCAGGGCUCUCGAAGCAAUAGUCUACUCCCAGGCAGACAAAAGCCCUAUUCAUUGAAGCUCUGCCCUGCCAAAGAGGACAUUUUAUCGCCUCACGGCUUUUGGAACAUUGGGUCAGGAUUCUCUAGAUUAAAGUCCAGAACCUCAAAGUCGAAAAGCAACCACACAUUAUCCCACCAUUAUGACUAUAUCGCUCAUAAACUAAAGAGUGGUGCCAGUGGUCAGUGGAAUGGGGUUUCAGAUGGCUUGUUGCCUGGAGGCUGCUUGACAAUACCUGAAAAUGGCUGCUUUUAUGGUACUCUCAGAGAAAAUGGUAAAGAAGCCUGUGAUGGUUUCACUUUGAACACAAUGAAGACAACUGAAAGACGUCCCAUGCUUGAGGACCUUGAAGAUCAGAGCAGUCCCAGGGUCGUUAUCAAGAAAGAUGGCAGUGUACGAGUAGAAUUUAACAACAGUUGCAGCAGUACCCUUUUCUUGGAUGAUUGCACUGGACCUGUUCAGCUUCUCAAGUUUUCCCCUACUGUAGAGUUCAAUUCUUGUGUUUCUGGUCUAACAGCAGAAGCCCAUCUUGGAGAUUCGCAGGCAUCUGGCAGCUUAAAGAGCAGAAAAGGAAGUUCCCUAAGCUCGGAUGGUUCCUUGUAUGACUUGCCCUGGGGCACUGGUCUGGAGCCUAAUGAUUCAGAAAAUGUGUCCCCUAGCAGUGAGAUACAAAGUAUUCCCCCGGCAAAUCUAGGGGUUUUUGCUCAGCAGUUGCCUGGCAUUACUAUGGCUGACCUCUACAGGGAUCACAAAAUUGCUGCCACCUUCCCCACAGUUAAGGAUCUGCAGUCUUUAAAACACAGAUCCUCCUUUGUGUCUGUGAUGGAGGAACCCAGUACUGAUGGGUGCCCGGGGCAAUAUUCAUCUUUCACCUUGCCUUGUCGGAAACCUAAGCCGGUUCCAGAGAUGACUGUAAAGAAAGAGUCGAUCAGGAACAGAUUUAGGCGAAUAAGUAACUGGACAGGAAGCUUGACCAGAAGGAAGAGUAAGUUACAGGAGCCGAGGUAUAACGAUCCCAUUGAUUGCUUUGAUAGCGGUGUGGAUGGCCUCACUGCAGACACCAGUUCUCCCUCUCAGGUCUCUAGUGUUCUGGGGGUUCCAAACGUCAUGUCUCGAGCCCGCUCUCAAUCUCAGGCACUGCACACCCACAGUGGCUCUGCCGGUGCCCUUCAUUUGGGCACCGAUUCCUUGCGGCAAAACAUCUACAAGAAUUUCAUGAGGGAGUUGAAGACUGGCCGACAUCCUGCAGAAAAUGAAGGGGAGGAGUGGGGCGAGUGCUCCACAGAGGAGAUGGAGAGCAGUAGUCAAGGAACACUAGGCUCUCUUGAGCAGCUCGACCUGUUGUUUGAAAAAGAGCAGGGUGUAGUUCGCCGGGCAGGGUGGCUCUCCUUCAAGCCUUUGCUCACCGUGCACAAGGACCGCAAACUAGAGCUUGUGGGCCGUCGAAAAUGGAAGCAAUUUUGGGUCACUCUAAAGGGUUGCACACUGCUGUUCUAUGAGACCUAUGGAAAAGCAUCUUCAGAGCAGGAGCUGUCUCCAUGCUAUGCCCUGUUAGCGGAGGAUGGUAUAGUCCAGGCCGUUCCUGAACACCCCAAGAAAGAGAAUGUGUUUUGCCUCAGUAAUGCCUAUGGCGACGUCUACCUCUUUCAGGCCUCCAAUCAGACUGACCUAGAGAACUGGGUAACUGCAAUUCAUUCAGCUAGUGCGUCUCUGUUUGCCAAACGCAACGGGAAGGAGGACACACUGCAUUUGUUACGUGGGCAGAUCCGUGGUCUUGUCCAGAAGAUUGAUAUGGAUGGCAAGAUGAAGAAAAUGGCAGAGCUGCAGUUAUCCAUUGUUGGCGACCCCAAGAAUAGAAAGGCUAUUGAAAAUCAGAUCCAACAGUGGGAGCAAAACCUUGAGCGCUUCAACAUGGACCUGUUCCGCAUGCGUUGCUACCUGGCCAGUCUGCAGGGGGGUGAGCUACCCAACCCCAAGAGUCUUCUGGCCACUGCCAGUCGCCUAACCAAAUCAGCACUUGCCCGACUGGGAAUUUUCUCUGUCUCCUCCUUCCAUGCUCUGAUCUGUUCCAGAGAUGAGGCUACAAUGCGAAAGCGUUCCCUGUCUCUGUCCCUCCAAGGUCGCAGUAAGAAAGGGGUCUUUUCGUCCCUCAAGGGCCUGGAUACCCUUACCAAGCGGGGUCAUGAAAAAAAGCCCUCCGUUUCACAGGAUUCCACUGGUUUGAGCUGCUGUUCUUACAGUGGUCUUCCUCAGAUCUUUGAAAGUGAUGGUGCAGGACAUCUAGACACUUUUCCUCCUUGUAGUUUUGAGCGCUUGGACAGUUUGGCUAAUAUUUACUCAAUUGCGCCACCUGAAGGCAAGCAGUGGGAUUGCAGCCAGGAAACCCCAACUUGUGUCUAUAUGCCUAAGUACCAGACUGUUACAGUUCUUCUGAAAAGUCAUCACACUGUUAUGGACAUCUUGACUGAGGCCUGCAAGCUUAAGGAGCUGAACCCCAGCCUGCACUGUUUAAGGUUGAUAAGAUGUGUAGGAAACAGGAUGGAUGUAUCUACACCAUCAGCUCAUGAGCUCCUUUGGGACUUGUCAUAUGACGAGCUGGAGGUCAGACAACUCACCGUCCACACUUUGCACAUGUCUAGAGCCAGUUACACUGGCGACUUUGGGUUUGCAGUAACAGGCUAUGUAGACAGCCUCAAAAACAGCCAUAUCGUUGUCAGUGAAGUUCUCUCUGAUGGGCUUGCUUUCAGCGAAGGUCUGAGGCCAGGUGAUGAGAUUGUGGUUCUGAAUGGGUGUGAGGUGCCCUCUCUAGACCUGACUCUGAUCCAGAACUUGUUCAGUGAACAAACUCUACAGUUAACAGUGGCACGCCAUCCGCCCUCCAUUCGACAAAAUGCAAACACUCCAAACUUGCAGUCUCUGCACAGAGAUUACCUCCAAAAGCACCGCAGAGCCAAGUCCUCAACAGAUGUGUCGUGUGUGGCAGAACUCUUGGGUGUAGCUGUAGAUGAUGAUCUUCAACAUCAGCACCUCAGCCAUCGAGCAGUGCAGCACAGCAAGAGCGUGGAUACAGUGUGUUCGCUGUACCACUCCUUCCAGGAAGGGUCUGGAGGUCUAAUGGAGGGCCAGAAGGAGUCAGCGGGACCAGAGCCCUCCAUGAUCAGGCCCUGCCCACGUCACAUGUCUGCCACAGAGAGACUAUGCAAGGUCAUCCAGGAAUUAGUAGACACUGAGAAAUCCUAUGUAAAGGACCUUAACUGCCUGUUUGAAAUUUACCUGAAGCCCCUGCAAAAGGAGACCUUUCUCACCCAAGAUGAGAUGGAGAGUCUAUUUGGCAGUCUUCCAGAGAUGCUGGAUUUCCAAAAAGUUUUCCUGCAGACCCUGGAGGAGAAGAUCAGUUCCUCUCCAGACUUCAGCACGCUGGAAACCCCUGUGCAGUUCAAGAAGCUGCUGUUCUCGCUGGGUGGCUCAUUUCUAUAUUACGCAGAACACUUCAAACUCUACAGCGGUUUCUGUGCCAACCACAUCAAAGUGCAGAAGGUUCUAGAACGAGCUAAAACAGAUCGAUCCUUUAAGGAGUUCCUUGAUGCAAGGAAUCCAACCAAGCAACACUCGACCACACUAGAAUCCUACCUAAUCAAACCAGUGCAGAGAGUGCUGAAAUACCCACUGCUGCUCCGCGAGCUGGUGUCUCUGACCAAUGCAGAUAGUGAGGAGCACUACCACCUCACAGAGGCAUUUAAGGAAAUGGAGAAAGUUGCAAGCCACAUAAAUGAGAUGCAGAAGAUCUAUGAAGACUACGGUGCUGUGUUUGAUCAGCUGGUAGCAGAACAAAGCGGUUCUGAGAAAGAGGUCACAGAGAUUUCUAUGGGACAGUUCCUCAUGCAUUCCUCUGUGAUGUGGCUCAACCCGUUCCCAUCGCUGGGUCGUAUGAAAAAAGAUCCUGAUCUCAAUGUUUUUGUUUUCAAGAGAGCCAUGAUACUGCUGUACAGGGAGAACAAUAAACUGAAAAAGAAGAUGCCAACUUCAAGAUUAGCGCACUCCCAUGGAGAGCAGGAUGCAUUUAAGUUUCGCUGGCUCAUUCCUUUGUCAGCACUGAAAGUUAGACUGGGCAAUACUGCAGACACUGACUGCAUCUGGGAGCUGGUCCACACCAAAUCCGAAAAAGAGGGCAGACCAGAGACCGUUUUCCAGUUGUGUAGCAGCACUCCAGAGUGCAAAGUCAACAUCAUCAAGGUGAUUCGCUCCAUCCUGCGGGAGAACGUGCGGCGAAACAUGCUUAGAGCUGAGCAACCUGCUGAGGGAACCUGUAAAAAGCAGCUUAUUCCCCUCCGGAAAACUCUGCCCGCUUCGGCCAAGUUAGGUUCUUCUCGAGCAUCUUGGCUCUGCAAACAGCCUUCUAAUGACAAUUCCCUCAACAAUGACCUGCUAAGUCCUGCUCUCCUGGAUUCAGACUCUAUAAGUAUCAGCAGCGAGACCACCAGCAGCGUUGGCGCUUCUCAACUCCUCAGUGGCCUCAAAGAAUCCGACAUCAUAAGCGAUGAGCACAGUGAGCGACAGGAGCGUGAAGAUUCUCCCAGUUGUAUCGAGGCCCAGUUUCAAAGGCUUCGGUUGACAGAGGAGGCCUUGCAGGCGCCCGCUCCCCGUGUGCUGCCAGAGAGCGGAGAAGUGGACACUCCAGAAAGGCGGUCUUCUAUUAGACAAGCUCACUUCUACGCAGUGAAACGCAAGCCUGUUAGAGGAGGCACGAAUAGCUGGCGACGUAGCAAGGCGGAACUAGUGCAGGUGCGUCGACACAGCCAGACUGAUUCAAUGGCAAAUAGCAUGGACCUUAACUCGCUCCUGGAGAAGGACUUUAGUGUGCAAAGUCUGACGUCUGUUGUCAAUGAGGACUGCUUUUAUGACGGCACCAUGGAGACAAAGAACGGUCCUGCAGCAACAAGUUAAUAGCAUCCUUUACUUGGUCUAAAUAACAACACUUAGAAGGGCUUCAUCACAUCAAUGCCUGACCUGAUGUGGACUACAUUUUUUCCCCAUGUAAACUAGGCAAAGUUAGUAGAAAAGUGAGGGGAGCAACAAAGGUUAAAUGGAUAAGUCUGUCUAUCCAUUUAACCAAUUCAGAGAAAUCAUAAUGAUCAUUCACCCUUUGUUUUGCCACAGUAUGACAGACCUUUAUUAAGGCUGAUGUUGAGUUGCUUAAUUCCCCAUGAGUCACAGCACUAAUUUACUAAACUGCCCACAUAGCAACCGUUUUGCACCACAGAACCAAAUUACAUGCCUUUACCCUUCUUACUUGGAGUGCUGCUGAUGCUAAACUAAAGCCAGUCUGCUCCCACACACAUUCACAACCAAGAGCUAUCUGAGCUGUGCCUGACUGGAGUUCUAAUAAGAGUGAAAACUACUUGAUAUAUUCUGUCAGGUUUUAAUUUUGCCUUAUAUUUUAGACACAACAUACACUUCUUGCUUUACAUUUUAGUAUUGCUACCUUGUCAUGGAUUUGCUUUUUAUUUAUUGUUUCAUUUGCUGUUUUUUUUUUUUAAAUAGUAAGCCAAGCAGUUGGAUCAAGACUUGAUUUUUCUUCAUGUGAAAUAUUGACAGGAGAUUCCUGCAUUUAUUUUUAUCUUAAUUAGCGCACCAUUCAUCACACUCUCAUUGAUUAUUAAGUGGUAAACUGUAAACAUAAAUUAAUUUAAUUUAAAGUCUUAUGCUGGAUUAAAUGUGCUUUUUACCACUGAAAUAAAGCCUGCAGUUUUCCAAGGCAUUUUUUUUAUUGUUCAAAUUUGUACAUAAUGUUUUAUCAUGGAUUAUUGUAACUUAAUUUUUUUUUAGGUUUUAUAUACAUUUGACACUUCAGAGAUCAAACUGUUAUAGCUGCAAUAAAAAGUGUCUCAUGUUUUGUUGGGGCUUUUUAAUUUGUGUGU